CUCACGUCGGCCUGUGGCAGCACGCAACCGUGACGACCGCACCAGCUGUGUCCUGCGUGGUGCCGCGACGGCGAUUGGCUGGGGCAGCGGCAGUUGGGCGUGGGAGUGGGCGCCGGGCCAGGGCGGUGCUAACCACGAGCGGCUGCUGCAUUUGCUGGGACGGGCUCGGUGUUCGUUGUGCGAGUUGAGCGCACAUGCAGCGCGACGGCGAGGCUCGCUGCCUCCUCCUCCCACCUGCGAGCUGCCUCGGAUACCGCCCACCGCCCGCCCGCGCCGCCCCUAUGGCAGUGCAUGCCGCGCGCAACCAGCCGAGCCCGACCACCCCUCACGCCCGCGGCGACGCCUGAGGACGGCGCCAUGGAGCCCGCACGAGCGGCCAACGCAGCGACGGAGCGCGCAAAGACGGACGACGACGGCGCCGGCCAGGGCCGCAUCGCACACACGCUGACGGCCUGCUGCCGCUGCCGCACGCGCAAGACUCGCUGCGACCCCGGCCUGCCGCGCUGCGGGCCCUGCGAGCGCACCAACUCGCACUGCGAGUACUACGACCCCACCAAGGCCCGCCGCAUCCCGCGCAACUACGUCGUGCACCUGCAGCACAAGGUGCGCGACCUCGAGCGCCAGCUGGCCGACCUGGACCGCGACGACGAGCCCGAUGCCGAAGACGUCAUGCGCGGCGCCGCCGCUGUGCGUGUGCAGGACACGGACGAGAGCAAGUUCCUGGGCCCGUCGAGCGGCAUCACCAUCACGCGCCUGGUCAUGCAGCUGGCGAAGCAGUUCACCGAGUCCAAGACCAUCUCCGAGAUUGUGCCCCACGCCCGCCAGCGCUCCAUCAAGGCCGCCUUCGAGCAGGAGGACGCCCGCCCGACCUCCAAGGUCUACCCGCUGGUCAGCGACGUGGCCGCCGAGGACCUGCCCAACCGCGACCUGACCAACCUGCUGGUCGAGCUGUUCUACUGCAAGGUCCACCCCAUGUACCCCAUCUUCCACGAGCCCACAUUUACCCGCGACGUCGAGGCCGUCUACGCCGGCUCCGCCGACCCCUACCAGAACUACUGUCUGCGCAUGGUCAUCGCCAUCAGCCUGCAGAAGAUGGACACGCAGUACGCGGGCCUCGCCGACAGCUACUAUCUCGCCGCCCUGACCUACUUCGAGGCUGCCAUCAAGCCCAUGAACCUUAAGACCCUGCAGUGCUUCGGCCUGGUCGCAGGCUAUUCCCUGCUUACCCCGACCCGCACCGCCGUCUACUACAUCAUCGGCCUCGGCAUGCGCCUGUGCCAGGCCCUCGGCCUCCACGAGGAGAAGACAGUGACGCGGGGAUCCGGCGGCCGGCCCGCUGAUCCGCUCGAGGUCGACAUGCGGCGCCGCCUCUUCUGGAGUCUGCUCACCAUGGACUACGGCCUGUCCCACAGCCUGGGCCGCCCGGCCCACUUUGCCGCUCGACGCCAGCACAUCGACGUGGGCUUUGCCGAACUCGUCGACGACGUCUACAUCACCCGCGAGGGCAUCAAGCCCGCCCCGCAAGCCUCGCUCAAAAAAUGGAUCGGCAUCCACUUCUACAAGAUGCGCCUGCUGCAGCUGGAAAUCCGGAAAAUGCUGUACCAGCGCAAGACCGACGAGCCGCGCGACGACCAGCACCCGUGGUUCGCCGAGAUACAGAGCAAGAUCGAGGCCUGGCGAGACACGAGCCCGGAAAUGGACGGCGGUUCGGGCUUGAACAAAGUCUGGUUCGUCGGCCGAUACAACACCAUGGUCGUCUUCAUCUACCGCCCCUCGCCCCAGGUCCCGCGGCCCUCGCUGCAGGCCGCCGUGCGCUGCUACGACGCCUGCCAGUACAACAUCUACAUGAGCAAGCGGCAGAUCGACAUGAAGCUGGUCGACGUCACGUGGAUCUUCGUGCAGUCCAUCUUCAUGUGCAUCAACACCAUGCUCUGGACACUGUCCUACCAGGACGUGCGCCGCCAGCACAGCCGGGAGGAGGUCGAAGGCCAUUUGGCCGUGGCCAUGGAGUCCAUCGAGCUUGCGUCUGACCGAUGGCCUGGAGUCGCCUCUGCCAUCGAGCUGUACCACAACCUCAUCGGGGCGUGCAUGGAGAUCUACACCAAGGACGGCGACGUGCCCAUAACAGCCAACUCGCCCUCCGACUGCGCUUCCGUCGUGUCGGGCAGCCUUGUGGACGGCAUCAACAGAUCUCGCACAACGAGCCCUGCAACCGUGUCCACCACAUCGGUGAGCACGCCCAAGGACAACCCCCCGCCGUUCGGCUAUUUAUCAAACCAGGGCCAAUUCUUCAACCACGACCAGACACAACCCACCACCACCACCUUUGCCAGCUCGCCCAUCACCCAGUCCUCCCAGCCCCCACAGCACUACGACCCCAGCCCGAAGACCUCCAUGGACGCCAACGUCCCCAUCUUCGCCUACCCGCCCACAACCCAGUUCUCCGCGCUGCCCGCCACCUUCGCCUCCAUGCCUACUUGGAACCCAACCUUCGCCUACCCACCCGAUCAGUACACCGCGCCGCUGACCUCGCCGCUGUACAACGAGUACUACGCCGCCAAUCAAGGGUACGAGAUGGCAGACUACCUGAACCCCGGGUGGAGCCAGGCGCGCGCCGAGGGCCUGAACCAGCAGCAGCAGAUGCAGCUCAUGCACGACUUUGAGAUGAACGAGACGAGCAAGAUUGAGGAGAUGAUCCAGCAGAGCCAUCAGUUGUUUGUGCCGCCGCAGAUGCAGACUUUUUGAGGGGUGCUGGACUUGAGGCUGAUUGAGACUGAUCGAGGACGGUGACUCCACCAGAAACGCCCAUAUGCGCCGAGCCCACAUGCACCGCCGAGCAUACUUCACCGUGUGCCGCACGCGUGACGCUCCGCACUUCACGACAUGCAUACGCCGUACGACUCGGCCGGACCGGGCGCUGCCAGCCACUCCCCAACCGAGGAGUGCACAAGCACCGUGCAAGAUGCGGGUGUAGAGAUGGGCGGUGGUAGACGGGCUGGGGUUAGAAGAGGGAGGAUAUUCAGGCUGGGCCUUGUGUUUGUAUCAAGAACGUACAUUAUCUUUCCGUCGU